UAUUACUUCUAAAAAUUUCGAUAAAUCAAUGGCAUCUGCAGAAUCCAAGAAGAUCGAAUCCACAUCUGAUGAGAAUGACGUCGAUGCGAACGGGACUUCAGGAAGUGAGAUUGAAAAAAAUGAUGAUCAUUUUCCAAUUUCUGGAAUGCAAGAAAUAUCCAAACAGAGGCCAUCAAAUGUAUGCUGCUCGACUGUCUUUCGGUCGUGCAACAGAGAAGUCCAGCUCCAGUUAUAUAACGUGUUUAUUUUACAGCUAGAAGAUUUAAUCCACAAUGAGAAUUUGACCUACGAUACUACUGAGGCUAAUUUGAGCCUAGGAGAUAUUUCUGAGGAUGACGAAAUUUGGGUGUUUGAUAUUCCCAAAACGAUCGAUCCCAAGAACUUUAAAGGCCAAUCGAUAAAACUUGGGAAAAAGAACAAUUUUCAAGUUGGAAAUGAAUUGUAUGAGACAUGUUCAAGUGCGAGUGACAGCAAGCAGCAUCUGUCUUUAGUCUUUAAUACCGGUAGACGAAAGCGACCUUAUAAAACAAUUAAUGUGAAACCAGCAGGCUGUGUACAGGUUCGUCAGAAGCUUUCCAGCGUAGUCGAUAUAGAUUUGGUAUCUCCAAAAAAGGCAAGCGUACCCUUUCCAAAGAAUCUCAAACUUAGGCACCCUCUAUUUGGUCAUGAUUAUUGCGACAAACUUAUAUCCGUUGAGAAAUGAGUUUGGCUUACUGGUAAUCAUUGAAUGGUUUGUAGUACCUGUACCAUAGGUUACAUGGAAUUUUUCAGCAAGUCAAAUUAUCUGUACAUAUCUGGCAAGAUAAAACUCACAUAAAUAUUAUGAGGAUGAAGUGGCAACAUGCGUAAAUAAUAAUAAUAUUAUUUAGAUUGAACAAUGAAAUAAAUUAUUGGUGUAAAUGAUUUUA